AUGUUAUAAGGCUAAAAGCAUCAUUACCUUAAUUUAACCGGGAGAAUAAACACUCAUAAAAACAGUCUUCAAUUAGAAAAUAUCUGAAAAAACAUAGAACUAGUCAAUUUUAUUUGAAAAAAUGCUAUUCAUCCAGCCACACAGAUCGAGGAGCCCCCUUUUUUGACGAAAAAGUGUGGUCCAAGAGUCAUAAAUAUGGUCAUUAAGAUUAAUAUCUACACAUUGCAAGUGAUAUGCUAUAAAAUUGAAACUUCACACGCUGAACUGCGUAGAGCAAUCCUCUAGCUUAUGCUCACAAUGGCUUCGUCAUCUUGUUCUGCUGCCACCAUCCACUUCAUCCUGCUUUCAAUAUCCCUCUUCUCAGUUUCCUCUUUACCAUUACCAGAUGAAUCAACUUCCAAACCAAAAAAAAUCUUCUUCCUGCCCAUUAAGAUAGACGCAGCAACCAACAUGUUCUACACCACAAUUGGCAUUGGAACUCCCCAACACAGCACAAAUCUAGUGAUUGAUCUUGGCGGAGAAAACCUCUGGCAUGACUGCAGCAACAGACGCUACAAUUCAUCAUCCAAACGUAAGAUCGUUUGUAAGUCAAAGAAAUGCCCCGAGGGUGCUGCAUGCGUUUCCACUGGCUGCAUUGGCCCUUAUAAACCAGGCUGCGCAAUCAGCGACUGUACUAUCACAGUAAGCAACCCAUUGGCUCAAUUCAGUUCCAGCUAUACAAUGGUCGAGGAUACCAUAUUCUUGUCUCAUACAUACAUCCCUGGCUUUCUUGCUGGCUGCGUUGACUUGGAUGAUGGCCUCUCUGGCAAUGCUUUACAAGGUUUACCCAGAACCUCUAAAGGGAUCAUAGGCUUUUCACACUCAGAACUUGCAUUGCCAUCACAACUAGUUUUGUCAAAUAAGCUUAUUCCCAAGUUUUCUCUCUGCUUCCCUUCUUCAAAUAACUUGAAAGGAUUUGGUAACAUCUUCAUUGGAGCUGGUGGUGGCCACCCUCAGGUUGAGUCCAAGUUUCUCCAAACCACCCCACUUGUUGUCAACCCCGUUGCCACCGGUGCAGUGUCUAUAUACGGUGCUCCUUCUAUCGAAUACUUCAUCGAUGUGAAAGCAAUUAAGAUCGAUGGUCAUGUUCUUAACUUAAACUCUUCUCUGUUGUCCAUUGACAAGAAGGGAAAUGGGGGUACCAAAAUUAGUACCAUGACUCCGUGGACUGAAUUACAUAGUUCACUCUACAAACCCUUUGUUCAAGAGUUCAUCAACAAGGCUGAAGGAAGAAGAAUGAAGAGAGUGGCACCAGUGCCACCGUUUGAUGCAUGCUUCGAUACAAGCACCAUUAGGAAUUCUAUCACCGGCCUAGCUGUGCCAAGUAUUGAUCUAGUGCUACCCGGGGGAGCACAGUGGACUAUAUAUGGAGCCAAUUCGAUGACGGUUAUGACAAGUAAAAAUGUGGCGUGUCUUGCAUUUGUUGAUGGAGGGAUGAAACCAAAAGAAAUGCAUUCGAUUCAACUUGAAGCCUCUGUUGUUAUUGGGGGGCAUCAGUUGGAGGACAAUCUUUUGGUCAUAGAUAUGGCUUCCUCAAAAUUAAGCUUUAGCUCCUCGCUUUUGCUCCGCAACGCAACAUGUUCCCAUGUUUGAGUCUUUUAUUAGACCCUGAGAUUACCACUGUUCAAUAGUGCUCCUUCUAUCUAUCUUUCGCCCCUGUACAUCUCGUGUACAAUAAAUCAAGCCUCCUGUAGUACUGUGACUUCAAAUUUCAAUACUUAUAAUUUGUACUGUACACCAAUUCAUGUUUAUUCUGCCAUUGUAUUUUCCAGGACUAGUAAAAUAAACAUAUUGAACGGAACCGAAUCACUUGUAAUUUUGCAUCCAGACUCAACUAAAUAAUGCUCGAAUAUGAAAACUAGUUGCAAACCCAACAAGAAAGUAGAUUAAAUUACCUUGUCUAUGAUACAAAUGGGACAGUACGUAUCUAAUAAAACUAUUUAUGUGAUAGUCUUUUUAGGCUCAUCAAUCUUUUUUAUUUUUUAGUUAAAGCAUCAACCUCUACUUCUAAACAACUUUAUAGGAAGAAAAAAAAUAUAAUUUUCAUGCAUUAUUGGGGGCAUCAGUUGCCCCCCUGUGUAUCACAGACAAGGUAAUUUAAUCUACCUUCUUGUCGGGUUUGCAACUAAUUUUCAUAUCCAAGAGCAUUAUUUAGCUGAGUCUGGAUACAAAAUUACAAGUGAUUCGGUUUCAUUCAAUAUAUUUAUUCUACUAGUCCUGGAAAAUACAAUGGCAGAAUAAACAUGAAUUGGUGUACAGUACAAAUUAUAAGUAUCAUUGAAAUUUGAAGUCACAGUACUACACGAGGCUUGAUUUAUUGUACACGAGAUGUACGGGACGAAAGAUAGAUAGAAGGAGCAUUAUUGAACGGUGGUAAUCUCAAGGUCUAAUAAAAGACUCAAACAUGGGAACAUGUUGCGUUGCGGAGCAAAAGCGAGGAGCUGUGUUACGAACAAGCUUAGAAUGCCAAAAAUACAGGAACCACCAGCAUCAAUGGUGCAGAGAGGAGAAGGGACCAAGAGAAGAGUAGUGAAGACGGCAUACCUGGCUGAUUACGUAUAAGGGGCAGAAUGGGAAGAUCGAAUUAGCAAAAUCAGUCCAGAAUCCUGCUUGUAGUGGUUGCUCCCUCAUAGGCAGUCAUGCAUAUCAAAUCCGUUAUUAGAUUCCUUUUGAAUAGAAAUCAUACAAAUCUGUUAAGAGGAAGUCCUCUAUAUAUAGCUAUGUAAAUAAUCAAGCAGGAUAUGAGAAAAUAAUAUUCCCUUCUUA